CGCAGAUGGACGACUUUACGCUGCCCACGGUGGCGGAGAAGCGAAAGAAGCACAUGCCCUGGAUCCAUAAGCAGGCUGCGGAGAAGGCCGAGGACGAGGGCAAUCGGGCCUUUUCACAGCUCAGCGCGGAGUACGCCACGGACAUGGUCCGCAAGAAAGCGGUGGAGGGCUUUGACCGGAGCAGCACCCGGGUCAUGAGCAACAACAUCUUCGCGAGCAUCGUAAGGCAUCCCGCCUUCGAGCGCAUGUCCCUGGCCAUUAUUUACAUGAACGCUCUCUGGAUCGCAGUGGAUAUCGAGUUCAAUGACGCGGACAUGGUGCUGCAAGCGCACGCCUUCUUCAUCAUCGUGGAGAUCUUGUUCUUGCUCUACUUCACCUCAGAGCUCUUAAUACGGUUUAUGUCCUAUGACAGGUCCAGGAGUGCCCUGACGGAUUCCUGGUUUAUUUUCGACUUCCUCCUGGUACUCCUGAUGGUCCUUGAGACCUGGCUCAUUCCCCUCGCCGCUUUGCUCAUGCAAGGGUCGGAGAGCAGCAACCAGGCGGGCAUGGCGCGCAGCGCCUCGGUGCUGCGCGUGGCCCGGAUCCUGCGGGUGCUGCGCACCGCGCGGAUCAUCCGCGUGGCCAGGUACAUGCCAGAGCUGAUGAUCCUGGUCAAAGGCCUGAUCGUCGCGGCGCGCUCGGUCUUCUUCACGCUGGUGCUGCUGUUGCUGAUCACGUAUGUCUUCAGCAUCGCCUUUGCACAGCUCAGUCAUGAUACCAGGCUGAAGCCUCUCUACUUCCAGUCGGUGCCUACUGCCGUGCUUACGCUCAUUGUGACCUGCGUGAUGCCGGACCAAGAGUCCUUCUUUCAGGAUGUUGCGCAGGAGAGUUGGGUCAUGGGUAUGCUGGUGAUCAUCUUCGUGACCAUCGGCUCCUUGAUCGUUAUGAACAUGCUGGUGGGCAUCCUGGUGGAGGCGGUGCAGACCGUGGCCACCAUGGAGCACGAGCAGAUCCACGUGGACUUCGCCAAGCGCGUGCUCAGGGACUUGAUCCAGGAGGGGGGGGUGGACGAGGAUGGGGACAACCAGAUCUCUGAGGAGGAGUUCUGCAGGCUGCUCCAACGGCCGGAGGCCAUGAAGGCGCUGGGCCGCCUGGGCGUGGACGACUAUGCCGUCAUGGAGUACGGCCGGCUGCUCUUCGAGGACGGGGAGCCGUUGACCUUCAAGGAGUUCAUGGACGCCAUCCUCACGCUGCGCGGCUCCAACCAGACCACGGUGAAGGACAUUGUGAACCUGCGCAAGUUCACGGCCGACGAGUUCUCCCACCUUCACACCGUGCUGAUGGAGCUCUGCAAGUUUGUGGCCGGCCAGGGCAUGGCGAAACGUUUGGAGGUGAAGGCUGCCAAGGCUGCCAGGAGGGUGGACGAGGUGUAGAUCUUGCGCCCAUUGGAUCGUGGCUAGCCACGACCUAGCAAGUGAAAGAGAGAUGCUGCAGGGGUUCACUGUGAUUAGCCAGCCGGAUUCGGAUCGCCUCCGGAUCUUUCGCUGCCUACUCAUGCACUUCCGGGCAAAAAUGCGGGCAA